AUGAAACUGGCGCCCAAGGCCAAGACACUGAGCCAAAAGAAGUACCUCCAGUAUUGUCUCGCCGACAUCCUAGACGGCUAUGUCGCGACUGUGGACAGCCCAGCGAUUGCAUUGACACCCGAAUUGAUAGAACUGUACCCAGACGCGCUCGUCAUCGCGACGACGCGGGACCCGGAGUCCUGGUGGAAGAGCAUGAACCUGGUCAACGGCAUGAUGGCCAACUGGUACAUAGUCUUCAUCAUCAUGUUCGUGCCCAAGAUCGGCGUCUACGGGCGGUGGCGCGUGCUGCUCAUGCACCUGUCGCUGUGGCGCUACGGCGACCCCAACAUCCACGAGGGCACGCUCAAGAAGCACGAGGACCACCUCAAGGCGGUGGUCCCCCCGGAGAAGCUGUACUGGUACAAUGUCAAGGACGGGUGGGAGCCGCUGUGCAAGAUCCUCGGCGUGCCCGUGCCCGACGUGCCCUUCCCGCACAACAACUCGUCCCACGAGGCCGGGCUGAGGUACAAGGAGGCCAUCACCGCCGGCGUCAUAUCGUGGACGUUCGUCCUGGCCAUGUGGUACGCCAUCUACUGGUUCUUCUGGGGGAGGAGCGAGGCAAGGGGCAUCUCCGGCUUAUUCACCUCGGCCCUUCACCGCUAG